UCCCAGCGGGGCGAACCAUUGCAGCUUGCCGGGGAGGUGAGGCACCUGUCAGGCGCUCGCGGCCGAGGGCGGCCCUAGCGUGGCGGAGGCUCCCGCGAGCGCCCUCCGGAGGGCCCCGCGGCCGGCCCGAGCUUGCACUCGAGGCCGAGCGGGCGGCGGGGCGCCACGCUGCAACCGAGCGCGGGAACCGUCCUCCUCCCCCCGCCCGGCGCGCGACGUCUGGGCUGCCGCUGCCUGCAAUGGCGUUGAGUCGCGGGCUCGGAGGCUGCUGGUGCUGCUGCCGCCGCCAGGCAGGCUGGGGGCGAGAGUCGGCGGGCCGCGGGAGACGGGGCACGGGACGGAGGCAGUAGUUGCUGUUGCUCCUGCAAGCCGCCGGGAGCAGAAGCAAGAAGGCAGUUGGGCUUCGAAACUCUCACCCACCCACCCUCUUCCCGGGUAAGGCGGCGGGCCGAGCAGCGCCUCUGCACGAGAAGUCUCCGGUGCGUUGAGUUCUGCGGCGGCGGGAGAAGCUUUUGUUCGGCCCAUAGAAGCGGACUCGCUUCCCGGGGAGGCUCCGGAGCUCCGCCUGCACCUUCCCCGCUCCUCCGUCGCCCGCAUUCUUCCACAGCUCCUGUUGCAAGGUUAUGCCAGCGUUUUGUGUUGAAGGUCUUCACAGUCUCAUUCACAGUCCAGUAAAUAUAUAUUCAAACCGGAGGAUUGUUUUUUGGUGCCUUUGAGUAUGGAUUCAGCAAAAUCUUACGUCCUUUAAGUACCUCAUCACAAUCCCAUCUGGAAUUGAGUGGGUUCAACUAGCCGCUAUGUAUAUUGGUUUAACAUUCCAAAAAUAAACAUGAUGAAAACUGAGUGUUCGGGGGAAAGAUCGAACCUGCGAAGUGCCUCUCCUCACAGGAAUGCUUAUAGGACUGAGUUCCAAGCACUCAAAAGCACCUUUGACAAACCUAAGUCAGAUGGCGAACAGAAGUCAGCAAAAGAAGAAGGAGAGAUCUCUCAGCAAACCAGGGGAAGGAAAUAUGGUUCCAAUGUCAACAGGAUUAAAAACUUAUUUAUGCAAAUGGGUAUGGAACCCAAUGAGAGCGGGGGUGGAGCAGUAAAGACCAGAACCAAAGGUGGUCCUCUGUCGCCUCAGAGAAGAAGAAGACCUAAAGAAUUUGUGGAGAAAGGAGAUGGAUCGAUUGUGAAGCUAGAGUCAUCUGUUUCAGAAAGGAUUAGUAGAUUUGAUGCUAUACAUGAUGGCCCUUCUUAUUCCAAGUUUACUGAAACACGGAAGUUGUUUGAAAGAAACAUUAAUGAAACAGGACAUUCCAAUCGAUAUUCCCCAAAGAAAGAGAUACAUGUGUCUAAUGCAGAACUUCAAGACGAGUGGUGUAGCUCUAAGUCUAACAGAGGCAGUUCAGACUCACUGGACAGUCUUAGCUCAAGGACUGAGGCUGUUUCUCCAACUGUGAGUCAACUUAGUGCGGUGUUCGAAAAUACUGACUCACAAAGUGUGAUUGUUUUAGAGAAGGCAGAAAACAACGAAGGGUAUUCUGUAACUGGUCACUAUCCGCUAAAUUUGUCUAAUGUGGAUACAAAUCUGUCUUCCAGUGUGUCCAACCUUGAUGGUUUUAGUCCUAUUCAAGAAGCCAACACUUGGCCUUUGGCAGCCAAACAAAAUACCACUUCAGUAUCGGUUGAGAAUUCUCAGCCAAUCUGUAGGUCACCAUCAGUUAAUGAAAAAUCUUCUUUUUCAGAAACAAGUGGGACACAGAGUAAGGACAGCCAUUACAAUUCUGUUGAUACCAGUGUAGCAACUCGGCAAGAAUCAGUGGACCGAAUUGGUAGUCUGUGUUUUGAUGAGCACCCUGUCAAAAAUCAAGCAGAAACAGCGCCUGAAGUACUACCUUUGCAACAGAAAAAGAUUCCACAUGGAGCUGAGACUCCAGAAAUAUCAGGAAACCUAAUAGCCAGUGAUGACCUUUCAGCCAUUGAAGCAUCACAUUCUGUUGGCUCCCACUGCGAAGAUACAAAUGGUAAGGAAGUACAGGAAGACUUGAAUAACUUUCAGAGUUCUCAUGUGUACAUGCACUCUGAUUACAAUGUCUACAGGGUACGAUCAAGAUAUAAUUCUGACUGGGGAGAGACAGGGACGGAACAGGAUGAUCAAGAAGACAGCGAUGAGAACAAUUAUUACGAACCUGACAUGGAAUAUUCUGAAAUUACCGGAUUGCCAGAAGAAGAUGAAAUCCCAGCAACUAGAAAAAUCAACUUUAGUACUGCUCCAAUUAAGGUUUUCAGCACAUACUCUAAUGAAGACUAUGACAGGAGAAAUGAUGAAGUUGAUCCAGUGGCUGCAUCAGCUGAAUACGAGUUAGAAAAACGAGUGGAGAAGCUGGAUCUUUUCCCGGUAGAACUCAAAAAAGAUGAAGAUGGGCUUGGCAUCAGUAUUAUUGGAAUGGGAGUUGGAGCAGAUGCAGGCCUUGAAAAACUGGGCAUAUUCGUCAAAACAGUGACAGAAGGCGGGGCAGCAGAAAGAGAUGGCAGGAUCAAAGUAAACGACCAAAUAGUAGAUGUAGAUGGAAUCAGUCUGGUUGGUGUCAUGCAAAAUUUUGCUGCAACUGUUCUCAGAAAUACCAAAGGAAAAGUCAGGUUUACAAUUGGCCGAGAAAAGCCAGGACAAGUUAGCGAAGUGGCUCAGUUGAUUAGCCAGACUCUGGAGCAAGAGCGUCGCCAACGUGAACUCUUAGAACAACACUACGCACAAUAUGAUGCAGAUGAUGAUGAGAGUACUGAGAGAAAAUUUCAUGGAAUCUUAGACAACUACAGUAAAAAUAACAACUGUUGCUUUGAAAAGACAGGGGAAUAUGCGACAGACGAAGACGAUGAUAACAUGGGACCCAUCCUUCCAGGAGGCGAUAUGGCCAUUGAAGUGUUUGAGCUUCCCGAAAACGAUGACAUGUUUUCCCCGACAGAACUGGACACCAGCAAAUUGGCUCACAAAUUCAAAGAGUUGCAAAUCAAACAUGCAGUCACCGAAGCUGAGAUUCAGAAGCUGAAGACAAAGCUACAAGCUGCCGAGAAUGAAAAAGUACGGUGGGAGCUAGAGAAGAACCAGCUUCAGCAGAACAUCGAGGAGAACAAGGACAGGAUGAUGAAACUUGAGAGCUACUGGAUUGAGGCGCAAUCCCUGUGUCACACUGUCAAUGAACACCUGAAAGAGACUCAGAGUCAGUACCAGGCCCUGGAGAAGAAAUACAACAAAGCAAAGAAACUGAUUAAGGACUUCCAGCAAAAAGAACUUGAAUUUAUCAAGAGACAGGAGAUUGAAAGAAAGAAGAUAGAAGAUUUGGAGAAAGCUCAUUUUGUGGAAGUCCAAGGUUUACAGGCUCGCAUCAGAGAAUUGGAAACCGAGGUUUUCAGGCUACUGAAACAAAAUGGGAGCCAGGUUAACAACAACAACAACAUUUUUGAAAGGCAAACAUCUGUUGGAGAAGUCUCAAGAGGAGAUGAAACGGAAACCCUGGAUGUGACGCAGGUGUCUGCCCUGGAUGCCUUAAAUCAAGAUUUUAACGAAGCAGUCCCUGAGACAGAAAGACUGGACUCUAAAGCGCUGAAGACUCGAGUGCAGCUUUCAGUGAAGAACAAAAGGUCGAGACCAACCAGAACAAGACUGUAUGACAGCAUCAGCUCUACAGAUGGAGAAGACAGCCUUGAAAGAAAGCCUUCGUAUAGUCACGAUAGUCCUUUGCACACUAGAAAAUCGCCUCUGCCCAUGGGUAUGAGAGCCUCCUCACCAGCAUCAGAUUCUGGUGCUUCCUCCCUUUCGCCUGUGGCUAGCAGGGCAUCCUUUGCAUUUGACAACGUAGCUGGAACUCACGAUGAAGAACCACAGUACAUAAGUGUUGGUUGUUCCCAUGGAGAUACUCCACUCUCCUCCUCUUCAAAGUCCUGCCAGAGUUAUGAGUAUUCGCCUGUGCAUCAUCCAGCCUGCAGAAGUAUCAUCGGCAACAAAGACUGUGCCACAGGUAUCCAGUCACCAACAGCAUCCAACUCAGGCCACUCAAGACCAAUAAAACAAACACUUGAAAAUCUGGGGACUCGGUUGAGGAAGAGCGGUAACAAAGGGAAGAAACGAAGAGAUAAUAAGGAAGCAGUUAGGGUCUCUGUUGGCUGCAGGACGUCUCAGGAGCUCCUGGAGCGCUCAGCACAUAGUACAUCAGUAGCCAAGCGAUCCUCCUCUCUUCCAUACAGCUCUUUGCCAUUUAUUUGGUAUGGAGAGAGCAGCAGGGGAUCCAAUUCUUCCAGCAAUCUGCCUUCACCUGCCAGCUCAACCGAUCUUUCCUCUGACAAUCUAAGUCCAGCUAAAAAGGGGUGCAAGAAUUUUACUUUCAAUGAUGACUUCAGUCCGAGCAGCACCAGCUCAGCUGAUCUCAGCGGAUUAGGGACGGAACCGAAAACCCCAGGAUUCUCAUACUCUAUAGCACUGUCAUCUGAUGAGAGCUUGGAUAUGAUUGAUGAUGAGAUCCUUGAUGACGGACAGUCUCCCAAGCACAGCCAGACCCCAAAUCGCGCAGUUCAAGAAUGGAGUGUACAGCAAGUUUCCAAUUGGUUAAUGAGCCUGAGUUUAGAGCAGUAUGUUCCGGAAUUCAGUGCCCAAAAUGUAAACGGAGAGCGUCUUCUUCAGCUGGAUGGCAGUAAGCUUAAGGCCCUUGGUAUGACGCCUUCUCAGGACCGAGCUGUCAUUAAAAAGAAAAUUAAGGAAAUGAAAUCUUCCAUAGAGAGAGCUCGUAAAGCGCAAGAGAAAAUGGAGAAGCAAAGGGAAAAGUUGAGGAAGAAGGAAAAAGAGCAGCUUCAGCGGAAGUCCAAAAAGCCUGAUAAGCGUUCUCCAGAUCCAACAGAUGGCGCUAGCGAGCAGUGAUGCAUAAGAGUUACUGUUGCAUUAGGAUUCGGAAGACAUUUUUCAGGAGAGAAAUGUGUUGCAAAAACUGACUUCUCAUCUUGCUAGUGUUCAUUAUACCGAGCUCUGGACCUCCUAAGAACACUUUAUGUAGAAUAAAUGGGAGAAAUCUACAUUGUGUAGCUACAUUCCUGCGGCUGUAAAAUAUGCUGGUACGUUUGAUCUGUUCAGCAGUUCUAAACUAUAACAGUUUAUUUUCUCAUCACUGUACAGUCAAACCAGAUGUCCAGUCUGGGACCAGCAUGAAGCUCCUCCCCACCUACCUCUUCCGAGGUCUAUUAAUUUGUAAAUAGGCUAGUUUGUUUCUAAUCUCUUUGAUAAUCGGUUAGGACACAGUAUUACAUGCUGACUAUACUGUAUGCGUGAAACUGCCCCUCUCAAAGGGUAAUUCCCUGGAGGCUUCCAGAGACUUCUUUGAAAAUGACUAAACUGGAAUUAACUGCAUAUCAGUUACCACUGAUUUUCAAGGGAAUAACUGCCCUCUUUGUACUGUUUUGAAAAGCCAUUCUGGAAUGGGAUUCAGUUUGCAGCAUUUCUUGGAGAGGCUACCCCACCAGCGGCAUAGUUGCAACACGUGAAAUUGUACUCUGGCGAUAAGAGGCAGGAGUAAUGUCAAUAUCCUCUUCUUGCCUAACCAGGAGGAAAAAUAAUUCCUGCUUCCCUGCGUUCCCCGCCACCCGAAUUGUACAGUAAUUUAGCUCAAGAAGGAAGCAAAGCCUUAAUUUGUUUAUCUGGGCCUGGAGAGUAACAUUUACCCUCUGGAUGAAGCUGGAUUUGUAAUACUAGAAUGGCUUGUGGUAGAACUUUAGAGUACAGGGUUUUAUAUUUUAAAAAAUUGUGGUCCUCUAGUUGGGGGCUAUAUACUUUCUUGUAGCAUCCUCUGAGCCUUCUUUUCUUGAACGAUUGUGAUCUAAAUACUACUUUUUUGUGUCUUUUGUAAGGAAAAUACCCCACUGUUAGGCUUGUUUGUAGCACUUGGGGAGGGCGGGAAGAAACUGACUGCUAACAGAAAGCUUGGAUUUUUUUUCUGUUCAGAUGACUUUUAAAAUUGAUUUCUCGCAAAUGCACUUUGGAAAAGGGGAAGGUACCAAUUAAGAAAAUGUGAAUUUUACAUUGUAGUUCCCUGUUACUAGAAUAAUGCCGAGGGAGGGGGGAGCUAAGUUACCGCCUCAAAAGCAACCACUGUUUUAUUAAGCAAAAUGGUCAGUUCAAAAUAUGUGAACUAGUAAACAGCGUACAAUAUAGUUUUGUGAUGGUACCUCAAGCAGCAAAUGCACGGCCUAGCCAAAGUGAUGCACUUUUCAGUCUCAUUUAUUUCACGCUUAACCUAUCUCCCCUCCCUUUUUGUAAAUAAUUGGGACUUAAAAGUAUUUGGCACUGGCUGGAUCAUGCCCUGCCAUAUUCCCCAAAAACACGGCAAUAGUCUCAAGUCCUUUUUUUUUUUCACGCAUUAAAAGAAGGACAGAAUUACAAUUCAAGUGAUCUGUGGUUAGUUUGUUUUUGAUGCUGCUUUUUUACUACAAAGAAACUGACGUUUCAACAGACAGGAAGUUGGGUUCGGGUGUCAGAAUCUUUUUUAAAAAGAGUGGGGAAGGUCACAUGUCUGAUUCGGCAAUGAUUGCUUCUGUGACAUGCAUGUGGCACAUCUGGCUGAACAAUGGCUGCAUCCUCUACUCCUGUCCUUCGGUGCAAUAUUUGGACUGAAAUCUCUUGCUAGAAUCCUGGGCAGAUUGGCCCCUUACCUUAUUGGGAAAGUUCCCCCGUAGGUCCUCUGGAGAUCUACUGGUAAGCCAGAUGCAAGCCACGCCUCCAGCAGGACUGGCAACAUCACUGGGUGGGCAUAAGCUUGCCCCUCAUAUGCCACUGUCGAAUGGAGAGGAGGAGCUCCAUUCAGCAGGCUAGAGUAGCAAUGCUGUGCUGACAAGGGCAUUGUUCUACCUAAAGAAAUACCUCCAGUGUGGCCAUAACACUUUGUUGCGCUGUCAAAAAAAACAGGUGGGCAGGCAGUGGAGCUCUUUCAGAAAGGACACUGAAUAGAAAAUAGUUACUCCUCUAGGAGGCAAAUGCAAAGGAAAAUGUAACAGAGGCCUGAUCAAGCUAUUUCUUUCACUGGAGACAUCUCAACUAUAAAGUCAGUGAAGGCAUCAGAGGCUCAUUUUCUCUUUUUAAGUUAUGUUUAUAUACUGGUAAUUUAAAGUGGAUGUAUAUACUAGUAAUGUCUAUGGGUGCAUCUCUCAGCUUUAUAUUAUUUAUGAGUCCUCCCCCACCCCCCAAUUGUUUUUCUAAGAUCCCAGGGGACCGUAUUGUGUUGUAUAUUGAUUUUUUUUUUGCAUUUCCUGCUGUUUAGAACUGCAUAAAUUGUGUUUUUAUUCUGCAGAUAACUAAUUCUGAUGUAUGUCCUGUAAUUAUUCUGUUCUUUGGUUUGUUGCUUUAUGGUAAUUUUUAGAGCUGAACAGUGAAUUUUAGCCUGAUCUGUUUCUCAAUUGGGUCUAAAUUUACUUUAAAAAAAAAGAAAAGAAAGAAAUGCAUAUAAUGCAAAUGGACUAGCGUGCACAGACAGAACUGUGGAAGCCAGGCCACAGUUCCUUUCUUCCUUGUUGUGUCAUGAUAUGUUUUAUAUUCUGCUGUUCUUUGCUUUUGGAAGAUGACAAAAAAAAUUCUUUCCAAGUCCUUCUGUUUUGUGAAGCUGUCUAUCGUAUUUACAGCAUAAAGAUUUUAAGUCUAUCUCCAUUACUUAAUAGCCACUUAAAAUGCAUUGGAAAUAUAUUUCCUAUAUGAUAGGGAAAGUAUGGAUGACGUGGGUGUUGCUAACACUCAAAGAGUGCUGCCUUGCUUUUAGGAGGGCAGUUGGUCAAGCUGUCCACGAAAGCGGAGCUUCUCUCAUCUCUGCUUCAUUAUACUGGAAGAAAAGGCACUUGCUGAUCUCCGCAUUGCUACAAAGCUAUGAAAAGGCAUUGGGUUAGGAGUUCACAAACUUAUACAGGGCAGUUGGUCAAGCUGCCUGGAAUUCUGUAGUGCCUGUGGACUGCCCAGCACCUUUUUCUGUUCUGUGGCAGCUUGAGUUGGUCCACGCGUUAAACAGGGAGCCAAAAAGGAAGGAAGGGGAAUAAAUGGCUUCCAUUUGUCCCUUCCCUCAUUAAGUCCUGUAACUCCACAUGUUCAAUCCCAAGGAUGGUUUUUACCUUGUCCCCUUCCAAUUUAUUCUCGUUCCCAGGGUCCAUCCCCAUGUUGACAGUUUCUACCUGCUGUGUGCUAGUGAGGGGCACUUUCAUUUCAGUUGGAUGUGUCACAUGAUACUAAUUACUUGCAUGUACAGAUCGUUCCCCAGUGCUGAAUUCAGGACAGGCACAUGGCCAAAGCCAUGUAAGGAUCCAUCAGAAAUAGAGCCAUUUUUGCAGGGGAGGCACUCUUACUUUAUGUAGAGCCCAAACAAGUUAGAAGUGAUGCACUCUAAUCCUGAAUGGCUAAGCCCUGCUCAAAGUGAGAGUUCUCCUUGACAGCUAGUUGGUGACACCAAUCAUAUUGUGGCUAGCAGAAAGAUCUUAAAGAGCACAUAGGAGGAAAAUCAAGGAAACGUUAGGGUUUUGGAGCUGACAGCUGCCGGCAGCCUGCUCUGCCUAAGGUGACCACCGAAGUCCUUGCUUGUCUGUUGGCUACUUGCUGAAGUAGCCAAGUACAUUUCUUCCUGGUGCCUUGGCAUCCCUGUUUUUCAUGCAUGUUGAAUCCUUCCCACUUGACUCUGAUGGUUGGAUUCCCAAUUUACUUAGCGCCUGGAGGAAGCUCAGGUUUUUGUUCUCGUCUCGGAACUUUUAAUUCGUUCUAUUAUACAACGGGGGACAACGACCUUGCUUCCUUCUUAACUAAUGCUUAAAAAUGCUUCUUUUUUUGCUGUACUUUCCAUACUUGGACAAGUUGCUUUAAUUCUCUGCCAUGUCUGAAAAUCGCCCAAAUGUGUAAUAGAUGUAAAGGCGGUUCCAGGUCAGCCACGCACAUUGAGAGCCAGUCCCGGAGUCUUCAUACAUGUUUUCUAAUUCAGAAUUGAUUCCAUUUGUUGGGUAUUCAAGCAAGGCAUUUGCUGACACAGGAACAAAGUCCUCUGUGUCUUCACAUUUGUAAUGUAGGGAAAACAGCUUGUGUGCUUUUAAUCAGGAAAAAAAAUGCUGAUCUGUUUGUAACUCUCUUUUCUACGUCUUAAACAUAUCAGCUUGCUUCUUUGUUCAGAAUACCACAGAAAGAAAAAAUGAAGGCUCUUUGCAUUUAUGUAGCUCUUGUGUAAUCAAACAGUGUGGGGGAGGGGAAAACAGUGGGAUGAAAGUAUAGAAGCGAUGUUGCCUUUGUUAAUUAUUUUGGUUAAAUCCAAACAACACAGUAUUCUAGUCAUGGGAACAUUUUCAAAAGUGAGCUGCUAUAAAUAUUCACUGCUAGGAGCUUAUGUUUAUUUGAAUACAGAUGUACCUGUUUUCCAAAGAGGUAAGAAUCCCUACAGCUUAGAGAUCUAGUCUGCUCACAAGGGGGAACUAUUCAGACCUCAAGGAAAGGACACUCGACCUUAGCCACAAGGCAAUGAAAUAAUUUAUUCUGGGCAUAACCUCUUGUAUAAGUUUAGUGGGCAGUAUGGACCAUGUGUUGCCUUUUAUAUAAACAAAGGGCCAUGAGAUUUUUAAAAGAAAAUGGUUUCUUUAAACUUGUUUCCCCAGUGUUCUCUAGAUGUCUUUCUGCAUGUUGUUGGGAAGUUGGGGAGGGGUGGGUUUGGUGGGAUUGACUUACUAGAGAUUUGCUAUUGAAAAGAACCACUUUGGGUGUAUUUAAUAAACUGAACCCUUGAAUUCUGUCGGGAAAGCUUUGAGAAGCUUUUACCAACUGAACUGUGACUUCAGAAACAACUUGGGCCAGUCCCCAGACAUGAUUGUAGUCCAUUUGCAUAUUGCAUGGUCCUUUGGGUUAAUGUUCUUUUUCUCAGUUUAUUGCAUUUUUCUGACACUUGAAAAAGUGUCUUGUUUGGAAUGCUGUGAUGCCACAGCCAUUCAGAUGAGCCAACCAGUGUUACCCUGGGCACAGGACGAGAGUACAGUCUCUUAACUGAGAAAGAAAGGAGAUCUCUGAGGGCUAUUGAUUUACAGGGUGUAUGGUUGGCAUCUUUUCAUUUGGAUGUUUUGGGAAAUAAUCCGUUAAGCAAUGUUGUAGCACAGUGACUAUGCUUCCACGCACCAUUCCAUGUUAUCUUUACAGAGCUGUAAUGGUAACGUCAGAAGGGAAGUAGAGUCCCUAGCUCUUCUCUGUGCCAGCAUCAUUCAUCCCCAAAGCUGGGGCAGCUCUGUCAUGGGGAGGAGCUACAGUCUGGCCUCCUCCCACUCACCUCAGCCAUCUGAUGUGGUAGACCUUCUUAAUGCCAUCCAAUGCUAUAGGGCUCCCCAUUCCACAAAGGUGAUAUAAUGCUUGGGGAGAGACUUGUCACAACCUUCAAUGAAAUAAAUAUGAGAUAUGUAUUAACAGUGCUUGGUGGUUGGGUGUUCCUUGGCAGAUCUUUAAUUUCAGGAGGCCUGUGCCAGCACGGUGCUGCUCAUGGUUAGGGCUUCAGAAAACCCUAGCUGCAAGGUCAAAUGUAAUACCCAUUGCAUUCAUCUUUGCUAACAAAUGAUUAUUGAAAAGAGGCCCAAGAGGAAUACAAAAUCAUUUGAAUAGUAGCAAAUACAAUUUAAAUGAAAAAAAAUCUACAAAUGGCAGUGACCCAGCACAUGGUCCUGCACAUGUCCCAUCAGAUUCACCACUUUGGCUCCUGCUUUUUCUGUGGAGGUUUCCCACAUCUGUUGUCAUUCAAAUGUUUGAUAACAACCCAGUCUGACAUACUGCUAAGCCAAUGCUGCUCAAAUACUACCACCCUCCUGGAAGUGCACUGUAAUCUGCUGCGUAGAAACUGUAUACAAAUGGGCUUGUUAGUCAAAAGGGGAGGGGUUGGGAAAUUGUGUUGUUUUGGAUUUUUAAUGUAUGAAUUGCAUGUUGUUUCUGAUAUCUUUAAGUUUGUACAUCUAGGUGUCAAAUCACCUGCAUGGAAGAUGCUCAUUGCCCUGUCUGAGUCUGUAUGCUUGUGCUUUCUUAAUUUGCCCUUCUUUAAAUGGCUAAUUUUAAAAAAAGAGAGGGGAAAACUCUCUUGACGUUUGAUUAUUUGGAGGCAUUCAAAAUAAACAACAACAGGCCAGUAACCCUUUGUAUUCUUAUAAAUCAUUUUUAAAAUUAAAAAAAAACCUUGUGAUUAAUUUGUUAGUGUACAUAAAUUUCUUGCCAAUGAGUAUUGUUGUUAGACAACGAAUGCAAUAAAAAGAAAUACUGAAACUCA